AUGUUGCCAGUGACGCUGGAGGAUUGGCUCGAUGACCUUUGCGUCAGAUUCAUACUCAACGUGCCCAUCGAAGAGCUCAGCACCGUCGAAAGAAUAUGCUUCCUCAUCGAGGAAGCUCACUGGUUCUACGAGGACUUCGCCCGCCCACGUAACUCGAGCCUACCCUCGUUCAGCGACCGAUCCUUCAGCCUGCUCUUGUUCGAGCAUUGCCCACUAUUCGCGCAAUGGAACCGCAAGCAUUACGAAGACGCGUUCGUGGAAUGGAUGACCUACAAGCAGCGCAUCCCUGUCCGGGGUGUGAUAAUGCUCAACGAUCGGAUGGAUGAGAUUGUGCUUGUCAAGGGAUACAAGAAGGGUGCGAGCUGGAGUUUCCCUCGAGGAAAGAUUAACUUGCAAGAGAGUGAUCUGGACUGUGCGAUCAGAGAGGCUUGGGAGGAGACCGGCUUUGAUUUGAACGAGGCAGGUCUUGUGCCUGAGGACCGGAACGUGCAUUCAGUCUCGCAGACGAUGAAGGGCCAACAUCUCAUGUUCUUCGUCUUUCGAGGCGUGUCCAAGGACACAGUGUUCGUUCCACAGACGCGGAAAGAGAUCAGCAGGGUCGAGUGGUUCAAGCUGGAAGAUCUGCCGACUUACGGGAAGAAGGGAAAAGGCCGUGCGGAUGAAGCAGCAAAUGGCGAACAUGACGCGCAGCAGACUGCAAUCAGGUACUACAUGGUGGCGCCAUUCCUAGGUCCGCUAAAGAAGUGGAUUUCGCAGCAGAAGAAAAUGAAGAAUCGGCACAGCUCGAAUCUGGCCGUAGCCCCGAUGGUCGCUAGCGAGUCCGAGUUGGAAGCUUCGCCCGGCAGACCGCAGUCGCAGCGACCGCUCACUGGCACCGAUCUGGCUGAAGUCGAUUCAGGCCUGCAGCAGCCAGGGUCGUCGACAGCGUUCGGCGGUUCGUACAUUGAUCAGUCAGAGCCGGUAGCAGCACAUAUGCCUCAGGUUGAUGUUGGGAAGUCUAAUGCGCUGCUGUCGCUUCUGCGGAAUGGGCCGCCUGCUGAGAUGCGGGCAUCGCCUCAGACACCGCUUGAGAGACAGGCCUUCCCGGCGUCAUCUGCCACUCAAAUUCCUAGGGGUGGGCAGCAGAACACUGGACUGCCAAUGUCACCACCACCUCACCUCCAGAUGCAGCCACAGGUGUCGUUCGGAGCGCCCCCCGACUCUUCAGAUGCUCAGACAGCAUUCAGAAAGCCCGACCCUUUCUCGAAUCCAAGCUUCUCCGCCAUCUCGAGGCAGCCCGCACCGAGACCACAGACCGCAUUUCCCAAUCAAGGCCAUGCUCACCCACAAAGCAGUGCAUUGCCUCGAGCGGAUUUUGCACCUUCCCGGGAAGCAAGCCUUCUGACAGAUUCCAAGCCUCUACUUGACAACCACCGACAGUCACUACUUGGCGCCUUCAGGAGCCCCAGUCUGUCAACUCCGAUCAUUUCACCACCCCUACCGACCAUGCCUGGAUCAAGCUCUCACCAACAAGCCCUGUUGAAUGCUUUCAAAAGCCCCAUAGGCGCUGCUUCGCCGCCUUUGCCAACAAUGCCAGGAUCAAAUCCUCAACAGCAGUCGCUGCUCAAUGCUUUCAGGAGUCCAAAUUUUGAUGCGCCGCCUCAGCAGGUGGUGACCGGACCCGAUGCUAAGCCAGACACUCACCGCGAUUCGUUGCUUGCUGCCUUCCGGAGACCGUCAAUGAGCCCUUCGGCAGCAGCUCAGACUGCGCGAUCGCCUCCAAAGCCAGCCUCGACCGACCUGCUCUCACAGCUUUUGCCUGGGUCGAAGACCGUGGAUCCAUCCCUUCCGACGAAAGCAGCACCUAUGACAUAUGCGCAGAUGGCUGCACCGAAUGGCAUCAAUGGACAUCAACCGAAAGCAGCCGUUCCCAUUCAACGUAAGAUAGACCAGCCAGUUGAGCUCUCUACCGGUCCAGUCGAGCACAAGCCUUUUGUGUCACCUGGACAGCGAGUUCGCGAGCCAGCCACCAAGACAUCAAUCCCUACACUCAAAGAAGGCGAAACCUCUGCCAUAGUUGGUGGACCUUUAGACCAGCCCGACUUCGACGCCGUGUCGCGUAACAAGCAGCGAGAAGUGGGAAGCAACGAGCUGGGCCGAAGUCCACUCACAAGCCACCGCAAGUUGUUCGAUCCGAAGGAGCAGGCGCAGCAACCAGUUAAGAUCCUGGCACGACCAAAGACUCCUAAGGGUAGCAAGACGCAGACACAAUCACAGCAGGGUGCAAAUGUGAGGAUGGCAUCGCCCCGCAGGACUCCUAAGACGAGCAAGAAGGAGAAGGAAAAGGAGCCUGUAAAGGCCCCAUUCCAGCCGACUAUCCUGCGGCGGCCGAAAGAAGACGAAAAUGUCACGCCCGUGCCCGUGGAAAAGGCGUUAUUCGACACACCACGCAAGGACCUAGCGGUCGAGGAAGAAAAGGAAACCGCAAUGUCUGUUCCAAGCUUGCCUCCGCAGCCUGUAGAAACGGAACAGCACAAGAAAGCACUCCUACAGCUCUUUGGCGGCGGCAGUGCUUCUAGCAGCAUCCUACCGCCAAGGGGGCCGUCAGCACAAUCUUCUCGUGUUGUGUCGCCACUUUCGACGAGUCAAGUGCUGAGCCCGAAGGAGGAUGUGCCCAUAUCAGCGGUCGAUCCGAUCUCGACGCGUAGUCGGAUGAGUUCGAUGAUUUCUGUGGAAGGCGCAGCCUCAGGCUCUGGGAUUGCGAUGGCGGCAUCUGGCCAGCAAGGAUACCAACAGCAGCAGAAGAGGACGACGGCGCCGGAGAACAAGAGCUUCCUGCUGAACUACUUGGGGAGGAUGGCUAGUGGUAGUGGUCCUUGA